AACCGUGUGAACAAUGUCCCAGCUGUACUGCAAGAAGACGGACAACUCCUCGUUCAGCGACCGCAUCCCCCUGCGCAUCGUGCGGUCCGAGUCGGAGCUCUCGGCCCUGGAGCGGGCCUACCUCGGUGCGGUGGGGAAGGGCGACUACGCCACAGUGAAGGAGGCCCUGGAGGAGGCCGAGAUCUACUUCUGCAUCAACAUCGACUGCGUGGACUCGCUGGGGCGCACGGCGCUGCUCAUUGCCAUCGAGAAUGAGAACCUGGAGAUCGUGGAGCUGCUGCUCAGCUACAACGUGCACGUGGGCGACGCCCUGCUGCACGCCAUCCGCAAGGAGGUGGUGGGCGCCGUGGAACUGCUGCUCAACCACAAGAAGCCCAGUGGUGAAAAACAGCUCCCACCCAUAAUGCUGGACAAACAGUUUUCGGACUUCACCCCGGACAUCACUCCGAUCAUCCUGGCGGCCCACACCAACAACUACGAGAUCAUCAAACUCCUGGUGCAGCGAGGCGUCUCCAUACCUCAGCCGCACGCCGUGCUGUGCGACUGCCUGGAGUGCGUAUCCAGUUUGGAUGUGGACGGCCUGCGCCACUCGCACUCCCGCCUCAACAUCUACAAGGCGCUGGCAAGCCCGUCGCUCAUCGCCCUGUCCAGCGAGGACCCGUUCCUCACCGCCUUCCAGCUCAGCUGGGAGCUGAAGGAGCUCAGUCAGGUGGAGAAUGAGUUCAAGUCCGAGUAUGAGGAACUGUCGCAUACGUGCAAACGUUUUGCCAAGGACCUCUUGGAUCAGACCCGGAGCUCCAAGGAGCUGGAAAUCAUCCUCAACUACCGCGACGACAUCAACCCACUGCUGGAUGACAACACCAACGAUCUGGCCCGGGUGAAGUUGGCAAUUAAAUACUGCCAGAAAGAGUUUGUCGCCCAGCCCAACUGUCAGCAGCUGCUGGCCUCCCGGUGGUAUGAUGAGAUCCCAGGCUGGAGAAGGCGUCACUGGGCAGUGAAAUUCAUCACAUGUAUCCUCAUCGGGCUGCUCUUCCCCGUCUUGUCCAUCCUUUACUUGGUCUCACCGAAAAGCCGUUACGGCUUAUUCAUCCGCAAGCCCUUCAUCAAGUUUAUCUGUCACGCCGCUUCCUACCUGACAUUCCUGUUCCUGCUCUUCUUGGCAUCGCAGCACAUUGAAGCCCCACAGCGUGACUUUCAGGGCCCGGCCCCGACCGUGGUGGAAUGGAUGAUCCUCCCCUGGGUAAUCGGUAAAGAAUAUCGGUUCUCCUAUAAUUGGCCCUCCUGCUGGUGCUACCAUCAUGAUCCCACGGUUUGCUUGUGUGUUCAAGGUUUCAUCUGGACAGAGAUCAAGCAGAUGUGGGACAGCGGGUUCCAAGAUUACAUGGAUGACUGGUGGAACAUCAUGGACUUCAUCAUGAAUGCAUUGUAUCUGGCAACUAUUUCCCUCAAGAUCGUUGCCUACGCAAAGUACAGUGGGAACAAACCCCGAUGCCACUGGGAAAUGUGGCACCCGACUCUGAUCGCCGAGGCAUUGUUUGCUAUCGCCAACAUCUUCAGUUCCCUGCGUCUCAUCUGCCUUUUCACCGCCAAUUCUCACCUGGGCCCGCUGCAGAUCUCGCUGGGCCGCAUGCUGCUCGACAUCCUCAAGUUCCUGUUCAUCUACUGCCUGGUGCUGCUGGCCUUUGCCAAUGGCCUCAACCAGCUCUACUAUUACUACGGAACCGACGUGGGCAGCAAGUGCAAGGGCAUCCGCUGCAUGCAGCAAAACAACGCCUUCUCCACGUUAUUCGAAACGCUGCAGUCAUUAUUCUGGUCUGUGUUUGGCCUAAUUUCCCUCUACGUGACACGAGUGAAGCCGGACCACAAAUUUACCGAGUUUGUAGGAACCACCAUGUUCGGCACCUACAAUAUCAUCUCCCUGGUUGUGCUGCUGAACAUGCUCAUUGCCAUGAUGAACAACUCGUACCAGCACAUUGCCGAUCACGCGGAUAUCGAGUGGAAAUUUGCCAGAACUAAAUUAUGGAUGAGCUACUUUGAAGAGGGAGGAACUCUGCCGUCCCCGUUCAACAUCAUACCCAGUCCCAAGUCAUUUUAUUAUCUGACGGGAUGGGUACAAGCGCGUGUGUUUCGGAGGCCCAGCUUGAAAAGACUUGAAACAUUUGAAAGUUUAGGGAGGCGUGCGGCGGACAAUGUCAGACUAAACCACGAGUAUCAGGAGGUUUUGAGAAACCUAGUGAAGCGCUACGUCGCUGCAAUGAUCAGAGACGCCAAGACAGAGGAAGGCUUGACUGAAGAAAACUUCAAGGAACUCAAGCAGGACAUCUCCAGCUUCCGCUACGAGGUGCUGGGAAUGAUGAAGGGCAAAUCGCAAGGGCGAGGGGCUGGAAAAGUAGCCAGCUCCCCCUUCGCCUACCCGGGGAACUCCUUCAAGUAUUCCCCGAAAUGUUGCACGGAGGAGAGGCUGGACGUGUUUGAGCUGAACCCCCACUACGCCAGCAACAGUCCGAGCGAUGGCUGCGUCACGACUGCCAAAAGCCACCUUGGCGACGCCCCCAAGCAGAGGCCGCCCGGGAAGCUCCCUCAGCACUGCAGAGGAAUCAAUUCCACCUCGAACAAGAGCUCAAAGUGUUCGGAAAGCGCCAGAGGACAAAACCGCGAGCUCAAAAGUCCGAGGGUGAUCGUGCAAGUCGUACAGGAGGUGGAGAUGGACGCUCAAGAGAAGGAGCAUUCAUGCAAACUGCAAACCGCUGGACAUUAAUGACCUCGAUACAGCGACACGUUCAUCCGAGUCUGCAAAUAAUACAUUCGCUUUUUUUUUUUUUCUUUCUGCUGCUUUGUGGUAAUUUAUUAAAUGAAGACACUUUCCCAACCGUGGCCUAGUUC